AUGCUACGCACCCCCGCCCAGGGAUGCGUACGCGCUUGGAGGCGCUCUCUGCUCUCUGUAGCCUCGGCUAGCCGUGCCUCAGCCCUUCCCUCGAACUCGCAGCGGACGUACGCGAGCGUCCGCAAGGUGGAGAACCAGGUCCAGCAGGCGUUCACGCGCUCCGAAGAGAUCUUCAAGCGCUACAAGCCAGUCUCGCCGGGUCUGCGUCAUCUCAGACGACCCCUCCAUCCACAUCUUUGGGAGGGCCGUCCCGUUCGCGCCCUGACCAUACCGAAGCGGAAAACCGGUGGUCGCAACAUCACAGGCCGCAUAACCGUCCGUCACCGUGGUGGUGGUCACAAGCAGCGCAUACGCACCAUCGACUUCAUGCGCACGACCCCGGGUCCUCACGACGUCGUCCGUAUCGAAUACGACCCCGGCCGCUCAGCCCACAUCGCUCUGCUCAUGAACCGUGACCCGAACGCGGUGGGCACGCAGAAAUGGAGCUAUGUCAUCGCGACGGAGGGCAUGCGCGCUGGAGAUGAAGUGCAGAGCUUCCGGAAGGGCAUCCCCGAGGGAUUCAUUCCAGGCUUCGACGAGCUGCGCGCGAAGGAGUUGGAAAAAGCUGCCGCUAACGCGUCGUCCCCUGACGCUUCUGCCGCUGCGGAGUCAAGCGCCGAGACCCUCGCUAUGGGUAUCCUGCGUACAAUGACUCUCCGACCAGGCAACGUCCUCCCUCUCCGCCUCAUCCCUCCCGGCACCGUCAUCAACAACAUCUCCCUCGACCCCAACGGACCCGCACGUCUCGUACGGUCUGCUGGCUCCUGGGGUCAGCUCGUGGCGCACGAGGAGGGCAGUAAGUACGUCCAAGUCAAGCUGCAGAGCGGUGAAGUGCGCAAAAUCCUGCGCGAGUGCUCCGCAACCAUCGGCAAGGUCAGCAAUGCCGUAUGGAAGAACAGGCAGAUCGGCAAAGCUGGUCGUGCCCGCUGGCUCGGUCUGCGCCCGGAAGUGCGUGGCGUAGCUAUGAAUGCUUGCGACCAUCCUCACGGUGGUGGACGUGGAAAGUCGAAGUCUAACAAGCAUCCGCGGUCUAUCUGGGGCUGGGGCACGAAGGGUACCCGAACCAGGAAGCCUGGUCCCAAGGGUCCGAAGAACAGCAACAAGCUGGUCGUUCGUGAGAGGCCCCGGGGUGUCGACCUUCGUUCGACGAACUAG